ACUGAGGAUUUUGAAGCUUUUCCCACAAAGGAAAAGAAAAAGAAAGGAGGCCAGAAAGCUAAGAGACCCAGUGUUGAGGACGAUGAUGAUGAAAAUAGUGAUGAAAUGGAAAGCAAACAUACAAAGCCCAAAAGACCAGAAAAAAACAAAAAUCUGUCAGAUAGUGAUGAUGAUAAUGACGAUGACAGCUUUAAUAAGACAUCUAAGAAAGGAAAGGGCAAAAGCGAGGCCACUAAUCGAAAAGGCCACAUUGCGGAAGAAGCUAAGGAACGCGGUAAUGAGAAAACAGACAUCCCUGAGGAUAGUGAUGAAGAUUCAGAUGAGUUCAGUCAGGGUAAGAAAGGCAAAAAGAAAGAACAGAAGCCCAAGCCUGUCUCUAAAGUAGAAAGCGAGGAGGAAGAAGGGGAGUUCAAAAUAAAGACAGCAGCUCAAAAAAAGGCUGAAAAGAAGGAACGUGAGCGCAAGAAGAAAGAGGAGGAAAAGGCCAAGCUGAGGAAACAAAAGGAGAAAGAUGAAACUGAUAUUGUUAAGAAAGAACCUGUGAAGGCUGAGGUUCCUGACAAAAAGCCAGAUGAUGUGGCAGCUCCCCAAAAGGACAAAAAAGCAGCAGUGGAAGAUAAGGUUAAGUACAAAAGAAGCAAUGCAUUUGUUGUAUGUUUUUCAGAUGAUGAUGGUGAUAAAAAGAAAAAAGACAAAAAGAAGAAAAAGGGUGAGAAGGAAGAGAAACCGAAAGACAAGAAAAAAAAGGGUCCUAGUUUAGCCACUGUGAAGGUCAUGCAGGAAGCUCUGGCUAAACUGAAGGAAGAGGAGGAGAGGCUUAAGAGAGAAGAGGUGGAGAGAAUUAGAAGACUAGAAGAGCUGGAAGCCAAGCGUCUUGAAGAGGAACGACUGGAGCUAGAAAGGAAAGAAAAGAAGAAGCAAAAAGAGAAAGAAAGAAAAGAGCGUUUAAAAAAAGAAGGGAAGUUGUUGACAAAAUCACAGAAAGAUGCUCGGGCUCGUGCCAUGGCUACUCUAACUUUCCUUCAGGCACAAGGAGUGGAAGUGCCAUCAAAGGACUCUCUGCCAAGGAAGAAACCUGUUUAUGAAGACAAAAAGAAAAAGAAGCCACAGCAGCAGACACUUAAUAAAGAAGAUUCAGAGCCAAUGGAGGUGAGCUCUCCAGUUGAAGAAAUUCCCGAAUCUCCAGUGCCAGAGAAAGAGGAAAUACUGUUGCCAGCAGAGCCUGUUGAAGCAGAGGCAGAGGAGGAAGCUGGUGUGGAUGAUUGGGAAGCCAGAGUGAGUGACGAAGAAGGCGAGAAAGCAGACACAAAGAAAGUCCACAUAGAAGUCCAGGAAAAAACAAAUGAAGAGGAAGAGGAUGAUGAAGAGGAUGAAGAUGAUGAGGAUGAGGCAGAAACCGAAGAUGAUGAAGAGGAAGAAGAAGAAGGGCAGAGCAGUGAGGAUGAGAAAUCCUCCGAUGAAAAACCAGAGUCUCAGCCUGUGGCUUCCAAACCAGCAGAGAAGAAGCCAGGGAAAGAACAGAGUUCAGAUUCAGAGUCUGAAUCUGACGAUGAUCGCACCAAAGAAGAGCGGGUGUAUGACAAAGCCAAGAGAAGAAUUGAGAAACGACGUCUUGAAAACCUGAGAACUGUAAAUUUUCAAGUCCUACGCUCACCAGUCAUAUGUGUACUUGGCCAUGUAGAUACUGGGAAGACCAAAAUCCUGGACAAGUUGCGCCAUACUCAUGUACAAGAUAGUGAAGCUGGUGGGAUCACUCAGCAAAUUGGAGCAACAAAUGUUCCUCUGGAUGCUUUAAAGGAACAGACUAAAAUGGUUAAAAAUUUUGACAGGGAGAACAUGAAGAUUCCAGGAAUGCUGAUCAUUGACACUCCCGGCCAUGAGUCUUUCAGUAACCUGAGGAACCGUGGAAGCUCACUGUGUGACAUUGCCAUCCUUGUGGUGGAUAUCAUGCAUGGGCUGGAGCCACAGACCAUUGAAUCUUUAAAUUUAUUGAAGAAUAAGAAGUGUCCUUUCAUCGUGGCUUUAAAUAAGAUUGACAGAUUAUAUGACUGGAAGAAGAGCCCAGAGACAGACGUUGCUGCCACAUUAAAGAAACAAAAGAAAAAUACGAAAGAUGAGUUUGAAGAGCGUACUAAGGCCAUCAUUGUUGAAUUUGCACAACAGGGCUUGAAUGCAGCAUUGUUUUUUGAGAAUAAAGAUCCCCGCACGUUUGUGUCUCUGGUACCUACCUCUGCUCAUACUGGAGAUGGUAUGGGGAAUCUUAUCAGCCUUCUGGUGGAGCUCACACAGACCAUGCUUAAUAAAAGACUGGCUCAUUCAGAAGAGCUGAGAGCCCAAGUGAUGGAGGUAAAAGCACUGCCAGGCAUGGGGACAACCAUUGAUGUCAUCCUUAUCAAUGGUCGGCUAAGAGAAGGUGACACUGUUAUUGUUCCAGGUGUGGAGGGGCCAAUUGUAACACAAAUCCGUGGUCUUCUUCUGCCUCCUCCAAUGAAAGAGUUGCGAGUAAAGAAUCAAUAUGAGAAACAUAAAGAAGUGCUGGCAGCUCAGGGAGUGAAGAUCCUUGGUAAGGACUUGGAGAAAACAUUGGCUGGUUUACCGCUGUUGGUUGCUCACAAGGAAGAUGAAAUUCCGGUGCUGAAAGAUGAGCUCAUCCAUGAGUUGAAACAGACUUUAAAUGCCAUCAAGUUGGAAGAAAAGGGUGUUUAUGUGCAAGCAUCUACACUGGGCUCCUUAGAGGCCCUGCUUGAAUUCUUAAAGACCUCAGAAGUGCCAUAUGCUGGAAUUAAUAUCGGACCCGUUCAUAAAAAGGAUGUAAUGAAAGCUUCUGUGAUGUUGGAGCAUGAUCCUCAGUAUGCUGUCAUUCUAGCUUUUGAUGUGCGCAUUGAGAGAGAAGCUCAGGAAAUGGCAGAUAGUUUAGGUGUGCGGGUUUUUAGUGCUGAAAUCAUCUACCACUUGUUUGAUGCCUUUACAAAAUACAGGCAGGAUUACAAGAAACAGAAACAGGAAGAGUUCAAGCACAUAGCUGUAUUUCCAUGUAAAAUUAGAAUUCUUCCUCAAUUUAUUUUUAAUUCCCGAGAUCCCAUUGUCAUGGGAGUGAUUAUAGAAGCUGGGCAAGUCAAACAAGGUACACCAAUAUGUGUACCAAGUAAAAAUUUUGUAGACAUUGGCAUUAUAACCAGUAUUGAAAUCAACCACAAACCUGUAGAUGUGGCAAGAAAGGGCCAAGAAGUGUGUAUCAAAAUAGAGCCUAUUCCUGGAGAGUCUCCGAAAAUGUUUGGCCGACACUUUGAGGCAACAGACUAUCUUGUAAGCAAGAUCACCCGGCAAUCAAUUGAUGCUUUGAAAAACUGGUUUAGAGAUGAAAUGCAGAAAUCAGACUGGCAGCUCAUAGUCGAAUUGAAAAAAGUGUUUGAAAUCAUUUAA